UCUUGGGAGAGGCACUGCGGGUCUCUGCCUCUCUGCCCCCGCCGUUGUAAGGGUGGUGGCCGCAGAAGCGCGGGAGACUCGUGCGCUCGCGCAGACGGAGCCCAGCUGCGGGGCAGGAGAGCGGCGGAGCCCCUCCCCCGCGGAACUGUAGUAAAUAGAAUAGCGGCUGCUGAACACACCGUUACCCUGUGCUGGGCGAUUCCUUACACCCGCUGGGCUAAGGGUGCUGCUGUGUGUGUCCGAAAGCGGUGGCGUUAGGGGAAGGGGCAAGGCUAGUGUGAGGAAGUGACAUCGUUAGUGGCUGUACUAGGGCAAAAGCCUUGCUAACUCGCCGCUCCCCUUCCUACAUCCUGCUUCACAACCGUGUCCCCAUAACGGGAGCGCCCCUACAUAAAGUGAACAACGUGCCUCAGGCCCCAGUCCGCAAUGAAUCCACAUGGAUAGACCAUAACUCCCUUACACUGAGCCCUAUUGGAGACAAUUAAGUAAAAUCACCAGCCCAUAACAAUUCCCCCAAAAACUCUACCCAAGACCAUUCCAAUUCUACUACUGCUCCAUGGUGGACGUUACUGCAUAGGGCAUGUCUCAUUUGUGCACCAAAACAUUCCAAUGAGGGAGGAAAGAAGGGAAGAGCCCAUCAAAGACACUAACUUGUACUUUGAAUUGGAAUGCAGUACCGUGUUUUAUUUGUACUAAAAAUUGACUGAAAUGAUCAGUAAGUCACAGUGCCCGGUGUACUCUGAUCUCUUCAGCAGAGAAUUUAUAAAUCGAUUGUCCAGUUUGCUGAAAUAAAUAGAAAAUGGCCAAAGUUGAAAAGUUUGCUCUUCAUGUCCCAAGUCUAGAGGAACUUUCUGGGGUCCUGCAGAAUGGGCUUAAAGAGAACUUUGCUGAUGUCCAGGUCUCUGUAGUAGAAUGCCCUGAUCUGACUCAGGAUCCCUUCAACUUUCCUGUUAAAGGAAUCUGUGGGAAGCCUAGAAUAGCAGAUGUGGGAGGUGUUCCUUACCUGGUGCCUCUUGUACAAAAAGAUAAAGUUUAUGACCUGAACACCGUUGCAAAGCAAAUAGAGUUGCCUGGAGCUUUCAUUCUUGGAGCUGGAGCUGUGUCCUCUAGGAUUCUUGGAGUAAAUGCUGAGUUUAUCCCAGUUGCUCAAGCUGAGAGUGAACAAAAGCCUGCUGUAAAUGCAAGUUAUACCGUUCAGAUUAAUCCUGCAGAUGGAGGGUGCCUGCUGGAGAAGUACAGCAACAAAUAUAGUGACUUUGAAUUUGGACUGCUGGCCAACCUGUAUGCCAGUCAGGGCCAACCUGGCAAGGUUAUUGAAGUGAAAGCCAAUGGAAGAACUGGACGGCAUAACUUUGUGACCUGUAUGAGACAAAUUAUAGAAAAAUGCUAUGGAGAUAAACCAGUUGGGAUAGGAGGUACAUUUGUCAUUCAAAAGGGGAAAGCAAAGAUUCAUAUCAUGCCCCCAGAAUUUUCUGCCUGUCCUUUAAACACUGACGAGGAAGUGAAUAAUUGGCUCCAUUUUUUUGAAAUGAAGGCUCCGUUGAUUUGUCAGCCAGUACUAAUUUCCAGAGAUCCAGGGUUUGAUCUGCGACUGGAGCACACUCAUUGUUUCAGUCACCAUGGUGAAGGAGGACACUACCAUAAUGACACUACACCAGAUAGUGUGCAGUAUCUGGGAUAUUUUUUGCCUGCAGAAGUUCUCUUUCGUAUUGAUAGACCCAAGGAGUCUCAUAUGAUUGGGAGAGAUUAAACCCAUGGAUGCACACUUAGUUUGGAGUGUAAGGAUAGCAAUUAAUUUUUAAAAAUGAAAUAUUGGAUUUGAUCAUUCUUUUAAUUGACAUCAAGCACACACGAAAAGCUGGCAUUUUAUUGCAGCCUUAGCCUUUUUAAAGAACAGGACACGUUCAGAGUUUAGAUUUAAGUUGUUUGAAUUCAAAUAACUAUCACAAAUUAAUUUUUAUCCAAACAUCAAAGACAAAUAGUUUGUAUUAAUGAUUUAUUUUGUUCCAUUUUGAUUACUUUAAGCAGGCAUUACUAGGUGAUUUUUCUCUGGCUAUAGAAAGCCAUCAUUGAAUUAAUGAGAGCUCCACAUUCUAAAUGGAAGAGGAAAAGAGAUGCCAAUCAAGAAUCAUGUGGUAACAACACUACAAUUCAUACUCUGAUAUUGACAUGGCUGUGUGCCAUUCUAGCCAUAUGUGCCCUAGUGGGUUAUAUGUGGGUAAUGGGAUUGGCCACUUAUUUUAAUCAGUGAUUAGAAGAGACUUGUUUGAAAUAAGAGUAAGGCACUUGUAGUUCCACUCAUGUAACUUCUAGCUCAGCAGGACUACAGGGUGAUGCAAUCUUACAUCUACAGGAGUCAAUGGCAAUACCCCGUUGAUUUCACUGAGAGCAUAGAGGACCUACAGGUAUGGAAAUGCAAACUUGUCAAAGAGGUUUCAGAGUAGCAGCCGUGUUAGUCUGUAUCCGCAAAAAGAACAGGAGCACUUG